AUGGCCUUGCGGCUAUUCGGGCUCGUGCGACACCUUCCUAGACCCCGCCUCGGUCCAGGUCAUAUCUCCGUAGCGUUUGCUUCGGCAACAUCGGCUUUUCGAUCUGACCGCCUAGCGUUGGGGAUCAUGGCGUCGGCCGCGGAUCAGCGCAACGCCAGGACUAUCCACACGGCGGCUUGCCUCGUCAUCGGCGAUGAGGUCCUAGGGGGCAAGACUAAUCCGCGAACAUCGCAGACAAACUCGGCCUACAUGGCCAAGUGGUGUUUUUCUCUAGGUAUAAACUUGAGGAAAGUCGAGGUUAUCGAAGAUGACGAGGAUGAGAUCAUAGAAGCCGUGCGGAGGAUGAGUGAGCGUUACGACUUCGUGGUCACGAGCGGUGGCAUUGGACCGACACAUGACGACAUCACUUAUCAAUCUAUUGCCAAAGCGUUUGGCUUGAAGCUUCUGUUACACGACGAGGCGUAUGAGCGCAUGAAGAAGCUGAGCAAGCCUCACAAGUCCCAGCCUAACUUCAGCUGGGACGUGGAAUCCCCGGUCAAGACGGCACGGCUCCGGAUGGUUCAGCUUCCCAUCGACGAAUCGCGCGAUCUAGCGAAACAAGCCUUGUUCGCCCGCGACGACCUCUGGGUCCCGAUUUCGGUCGUCAACGGGAACGUCCAUAUCCUGCCGGGCGUCCCGAGAUUGUUCGAAACCCUCCUGGAAAGCCUCAGGCCACACAUAAUCGGCAGGCUAGCGGAUCCGGAGGGCAGAGGAAUCUGCAGAGUGAUCAUCUCGACGCCGAUGGUCGAGAGCGCCAUCGCCGGCUACCUUACGGAGUUGGCCGCCAAGGUUGCACCGAGAGGUGUCAAGGUCGGAAGCUAUCCUCAGUGGGGGAAGAAGUACAACACCGUCACUCUCGUCGGGAGAGACAGCGAAUACCUGGAAAGCCUCGUACCGGAGGUCAUCCUAAAUGUCCAGGGGAGACGUGUCCAUAGGGAGGGAGAGGGCGAGACCGAAGCAGAGACCUAA